UUGUACUGUAUAUACUUAAAACUCAACUCCGAUUGGUUGGUAUGCGUAUUUCUCUAUUGCAAGAGAUUAUUGUCUAUUGGCUAUUUUUGCUGCCGAUAUAAUUGGCAGUAUGCACAUCUACCUAUAUCAUCGUUUACGGUUAGUUCGUUCGUACGUUCGUUGGGUGUAAACUUCGUUUUCUUCGUAGGUGUAAGGUACUACUUUGAUUAUUACCGACCGCAAUAUAUGUUUAAAGAAUAUAAUUUCCACGUCGCGACUACAUCUAUUUCCGUAAUGGCAGCGUUAUUCUCUGUGUAUUCCUAUUAUAGUACGUUGAAAAAUGGAUGCAAUUAAAGAUUUUAAGCCAAACAAAGAGUUUAAAGAAAUGGAGUUUAGUUUUCAUUCGUCCGAAGAACAAAUGUCUGCAUUUUUAUAUGUUGGAAAAGAAUUUGCUCUCUAUCAUCCAGGAAAUUUGUUUGCCCAUAAUUAUUUUUUAGCAGUAAAUGUCGGAUGUAUAGAAAAAUUAGCUGCAGAUGAAAAUAAGCAACUAUUGCCCAUUGAAAUUAUUCUAAAGGCAUUUGAAAGUAAUCUUGUUCCACAUUCUGAAACAUUAAUAUUCGCAUUAGCAGUGUGUAGCAAACAAGUUUACAGUGAAAGUUUACGUCAUGCCGCUUAUGCAAUUGUAGGAAAAAUUUGUUCAUUGCCAGAACAUUUUAUCCUAUUUAUAAAAUUUGCAUCUGAACUAAGUAAACGUAAAAUUACAAUGCCCCACCCUUAUAAGCCAAGCCAUGGGUGGGGUCAUGGAUUGCGUAAAGCUGUUAAUAAUUGGUACCUUUCCAAGGAACCAUUAGAAUUGGCAAAAUGUGUAACACGAUGUAAAGGCAGAUAUGGCUGGAAGCACAAGGAUAUAGUGAAACUUUCACAUCCGCAUCCUGAUACACCAGAAAAAGAAGUGAUACUUAAAUAUAUAAUGCAUGGUUUGGAAAAAACUAAAAAAUCAUUUGGCGAUAACUUGGAUGUACAAGAAUUGAUUGAUUACAUAGAAAAAAUUGAAGAUUUCAAACAUUGUAACGACAAAGUUCAGGCAGCUGGUCUUUUAGAAAAGUAUGAAUUAACAUUAGAUCAUGUUCCUGGUCAUAUGUUAAAAUCUACAGAGAUUUGGAAUUCAUUGAUACCGUCAAUGGAUUUACAUACACUUUUGAGUAAUCUGCAAAGGAUACACAAUUUGGGAUUAUUGAAAACAGAUGCUCCAGCUGUUGAAAAAAUUAUAGACGAAAUUACUAAUAAGGAAAGAUUAGCUAGCAGCAAUGUACAUCCAAUAUUUGUCUAUAUUAUUUUAAAAAAUUAUGAAAAUUCUGGAAAGCCAUUGUCAUACGAGAAACGAAAAAUGAAAGAACAAGCAAAGAAACCAUUUCCUCCUCCGCCGAAACCAAACUCUAAGAUUAUAAACGCACUAAACAAAGCUUUCGAACUUUCAGUUUUGAAUCUCAAAUCGACUGGCUUGCGUUACAUGAUAACGAUUAAUGCUAACAAAAUAAUGUGGAAGUGUCCUACAUGGCGUAGUGGAAAUGUGAAUGCAGCAGAAGCUGGUUUUUUAAUAGCAUAUACACUUUCUCGAUGCGAAAAGGAUAUCACUGCUGCUGCAUUUGAUGUUAUCGACGUUCAUAUUAUCAAUUUGGAUCAGUCACUCUAUUUUUCUUCACUAAUAAGUGUAUACCAACCUAUGCCAAAUAACAUUAUUCGUUUAAGUAGCCCAAUUAUAUGGGCUUCUCAAAAAGGUUAUCAGUAUGAUGUAUUUAUUAAUGUCAUAGACGAUAUAAUAGACUACAACGAAUGUGAAGAGGUCUUUGAAGACUAUAGAAAACAAAUGAACCUUCCACAUACAAAAUUAAUAAAUUGCGUUGUCUGUUCUUCGAAAGCAUACAAAGAGGAUAUAUACAACAGAAACAUUUUAACAAUUUAUGGUUUUGAUGCAACCGUACCAAUGGUUAUACAAGCUUUUGCAACGUCACUCUUUUAAAGAAGAUGAAUUAUUUGUAUACUAUGAUGUACACACAUGAUUUAACUCCAUUCUCGUGAAGAAAAAAUUGUGCGUUUUAAAUAUUAUGAAAUACUAUAAUGCGGCAAUUCUUAUAAAGGUAAAUCUCUACAAAAAUUCAUUUCUCAUUUCUACAUGAUUUUUCAUAAUAAUCUUAUAUGUCGCAACUUUUUUUAUAAUUCACUACAUGAGAGUGCCUUUUGAGAUGGAGAAAAAUUUGCUGAUAAUUAUGAAACAAUAAUGUUAAAAUCUUAUUAAGAAAUCAAGAAAGUCAUUUACAAAUAGAAAAAAUUUCAAAUUAAAACAGUAUGCUUGAUGCAAUACUAUACAAAAUGAAUCUAAAAGCUUUUAUUUUAAUUUAAUUGAUCAAUGCCUGGACUUAUAAGUACUAAAAAAUUCUGUGACGGGAUAUGGUAUUUAACAUUAAUUACAUUAUAUUAACUUUUCUAUAUUCUGUUUUUUUCCUGAAAUAGAAAAAAGAAAAAGAAAAACAUAACAGAGUAAAAGAAUUUUCUAUUGUCUCAUUAAUAUAUUAAUGUUAAAUCAAUGACGAUAUUUACUGCAUGCCUUUAGUAGCUAAGAUAAUCUUAUUAUAGAAUGAUUUUAAGGUAUACAGAACAUAAAGCACAGAAUCCAAUACGUUUUUUGUUAAAAUCGACAAAAAAAUGCAAUUCAAUUAUCGAUUUGCUUAUUCAAAAAAUGAGUACUUAGAAAAAUAAUUAAAUUAUGCAAUUACAAUUCACAUGCUUAAAGUUUUAUUUUUCUCAUAGUUUUUUACACAUUAUAAAAACAAGAAAAAAUACCAAGAAAAAGUUAAUUCAAUAAGAAAACUAGAAUAAGACUGGAUAUUAGAUACAAUGCUAGUAUCUAAAAUAAUCUAUGGUGCAUUUUUAUAUAUAAAUUGUUUUACUUUUUGUUUUAUAUAUAAAACAAAAAGUAAGAAACAAUAUAUUUACUUUCAUUUUAUUGCUUGCUUAUUUCCACUGGUUGGCGGUAAAGCUUUUUGUAAUAUCUUUAAUAAGAUACGUAGAUUUAAAAUGAUUAUCUGUAAGAUGAUAUAUUUGAUGACGACUGGUACGCUUCUGAAUAUUCGAAUAAGCAUUAAAAAGAAAUAGAGCAUCGAAAAUUCUCCCACUGUGAUAUGCAUUUAGCUCCAAAGAAUUUAUAGUUAUAUUAGUAUAAUUUAACAGUUAUAUUUCAUAUUUGCCAUAUCCAAAGUAAUUACAACUUAAAUAAAAAAUAUUACAUACAUUACUGUUAUAAUACUGUGAUACACAAAACAUGUUCAAACUAGAGAAAUGGAUAAGCAAAUUGCCAGAGGCGUACUGUGUCCAUUAAUUUGUUGAUUAAUAAUAUCUAUAGAAAUGAUAAUACACAAUUUUGUUUAUAAUAUAGAAUAGAAUACAAUGGUAUUGUUAGCUCUUUCUUGAUCCUUGAAUUACCAAAUAUAAAGAAAAAACACAUUGAAGAUAAUGUUAAAAAGUACAACGUGAAUGUAUUCUCAGGUUUGAAAGAAAUUUAAAUUAAGUGCUUAAUAUUCACGUGUGAUACUUGUGGCCCUUUUUGGUAAUUCGCGAAUCAAAUGGUUAAUUUGUCUUAAUGAUUCUAUUUUAAUAUGAAAGAAGUAAAUGAAACCUUUAUUUUUCCCGCAAAAUUUAUAAGAGUAAUAAUACUUAUACAACUACAUAAAGAUCGAAAAGAGUUCUGAUGUAACGAUAUUUUAUGGAUAUUACAUUUAAUUCGUAACAAUAUUUAAACGUCAUUAUACGUUAAAUGUUAUCAUUUAUCCAAAGUAUGAAAAGAAAUAUAUAUACCGUUACCUAAAGGUAGAUAUUGGAAAAGUAGAAAAUCGUACAUACAGUUUCAUACAGUUGUUUUUAUUAAGGCAAAAUAAGCUUAUUAAAAAUAAACCAAUGCGUGUUAAAUGUGUUCAUACUAGUUCGGAAAAGAAUGAAAGAUAGAAAAAGAGCAAAUAAUUUCUAUAAAUAAUAAAAUCACAAAAUGUUUGUUUAAUUCUUAUUAAUACUGAGUUUCUUACAAGUAAUUGAUAUAAGUAACACUAUAUUCCUUGGGGAUAAAAGAGUGAAAAAUUACAAUUAUGAGAGUUACAAUUAUGUUACUAUUUUAAAACUAUUUUUAGUAAAAAAUCAUACUCGUUUACAGUUUAUAAUGUGUAUACAAUGCUUGAAGCAAUACAAUGGGAACUACGAAGUUGUACUGUAUACGUAUAUAUAUAUGCACGUAUUAUUUGAUACAUAAUAUGUGUCAUAAUACCUAAAAAUGCAUGAUAAAAUAGUAUCUCUUCUU